GUGUGGGGGCUGAGAGACAUGCCCUCCGCCAGCGACGCGCUGGCCGAAGUCACCGAACCACGGAUGGCACCAGUGCAAUCGCUGCCGGCGCCGCAGAUGAUCGACCGGCGUGUGCGCACGGGCAUUCCUGGCAACAGCCCGGGCAAUCAUGCGGCCAGCGCUGGCUCUGCACACCAGUGCCCAAUGCCUGGCCCAGAGCGCGGUGGAUUCUUCGGAAGCCGAGGUUGGCUGCUGCACCCCUUCGUCCUCGUGCAGGUGUUUGACGGGGCCAUUUCCGAGGCGCAGCAUCUGGAAAGCCAUGCGGGUUGCAAAGGUUUCUGCAUCCGGUGCGAUUUGCAGAAGCGACCUAAGGUCUACGAGGCGUGUACCCUCUACGAGGGCCGGUCGUGGUUGUCACGAGGCGUUAGCCGCGGCAUAUGGGGCCUGGGGUGUAGGAUCUGCUCUGAGUUUGCGGCAUCUGGCAACCAGUGUGACGGCGCCAGGUUUUCAAAGUUUGCCAAGUUCCAGAUUCGCCCGAAGACGGGCUUCAACGCCAGGAUGCUGUUAGAGCGACAUGCCAGCAGCACGUCGCACAGAGCGACUUCCAUCUCUUUGGCCAUAGAUGAGUCGAAGUACCGGAAGAUCGUGCGGUUUCGCGUCGACCUCCCGAUUGCCGCCUGCACCGCAGCCUCUGGCGCGCCCGACCUCCCUUCUUCGCGAAACAGCGGCGCGGGCCUCCACGUGGGGAACGUUGGCGCUUCAGGAUUUUGCGCGUCCGGCGUGUUAGGCCUCCUCGACUGCUCGAAAAAACACGCGUCCGACUUCGAGGAUGACCACGCUGUCACUGCGGUUAAGCAGCUCGAUGACUUUCUUACGAAAUUCUGUACGCCGCUCGGCAAAAUAAAAGGCCACAGGGGAGCGCAGCCGCUGGCGUGCGACCAGAAACUGAAAGCGCACGUGCUGGGAACAGUCACCAGUUUUGCUGCCGAUGGCGCGUCCAAGGAGCGGCGUUCAGUCUUUCUCGCUGCUCGCGAUCUGUUCCCUAACUUGUUAAUCGUGAUUCGCGACCCAGCUCACGCCAUUCGCAUUGCCUGCAAGUCGAUGCACUGCGACGACGUGUUUGGGCAGGUAUGGAGGGAGCUGUUCGAUGAUCGGCAUGCGCUGGUUCCUGACCUGAUGAAUUCUACCAAGUGGCACAACCUUCUGGUGGCCAUCCAGGAGGACAACGCGCAUGCAGUGGCGGUGCCUGGACUCCCUGGAGGGCCCCAGCCCCUGGCGGGAAUCGUGCGGAACUUGGCGUUCGCCAAGCAACGCUUCGACUCGACGGCGGGCCCCGUGUUGAAAAUCGCUCUCAUGCUUCUGCCGGUGGCAACCUUGCUGGCGUACAUCGCGUCCGACCGUCGCCACGAUCGGGAGCAGCGCGAGCGGGCAGGCGCCCUGUUGCGGAAAUUCGAUACUAAGUUUUGUAUGGCCGUUGGUGUGUCGGCGGAUUGGGGGAUCAUAUGCAACUGGUUCUUGCGGCUCUUCGACGUCGCCAGCCACGACAUUGCGAAGUCGCGUUCUGAGAUCGACUGCAUGGUCGAGACGUUGGACGCGGUCUUCCUGCAAGGGCGUGUCUUCCAGACGGUUCUCCAGGCGGGCUUUAUCACAGAGAGGGCAAUGCGCAAUCUCCGCACCAAGUAUGUGUUCUACGCAGACGGCGACCCCGUGAUGCCAUGGGGGGAACCAGCAGCGGCGCACAAGGAGGAGCUCCUCCACCGAAUGCAGAACGUGGCGGGAUUGACAAAAGAGCGCUUGCUCCAGGACUUCCCGCGGACUGACGUCCGCUCGGCGCUGGCGAUGUUUGACCGGCGUCUCGUGCAGAAAGGUUUCGGCCCAGUGCCUGAUGUUGAAGUGCGGCGGUUCCUGUUGCGGGGCGCGCGCCAGCUGGCGGCCCUGCUCGGUUGCGACGAGCAGGCGGCGAUGCGACAGUACGACGGCGUGCUUCCCUACACGAUGGAACAGAUGGAGCCAUCCCAGCCACUGGCGGGGGCAACUAACCAGCAGGCGUGGGCUCGCGUGCUCGACGAUGACUUUUGGGAGGCGGCUUGCCCGAGGCGUCUCCGCGGGUCUUCUCGCGUGCUCUGCCGCCUGGUGCGUUUCUACAUCUCGAUUGAAGACGGGGAGUGCACCGUCGAACGCGACUUGGCCAGAUUUCGGGACCGACGGGUAGAGCACCGCACCGAUGAUAUCGCCUUCCACGACGACGGCUUAAUCGUGAAGUUGAACGGGCCGAAGACGGCGGCUGAUUUCGACGAAGGCGCAGCUCGCUCUGGACUGGGCCUGACGUCCUUCUCCAGGGAAUGCGCCAGCCUCUGGCUGGAACUGUUCGGCCAUCGGCAUGGGCAUUACAAUCCUCACGCUACUGCGGCGGCCAAGUUAAAGAGGCGCGGUGCGCCCGGGCUUGUUCGAGGACGUGUUCGGGCCGUUCUUGGGGCCGCCCGCCUGGCCGUGGCUGCCGCGCGUCUUCGACGGGCGCGGGGCCAGUCUUCGACCGCGGUGCAUUCUGGCGCCGGCACCGAGGCGAGCGCUUUGUGGAACGAUGGCAUGGGUAAGUUCCAGGCGCGCAGCCGCAAUGAUAUACCAGGCGUCGCGCAGGCGCGGGCGUGUCCAGGGGCGCCCUUCGCGAGUCCGCCCGGCGUCCACCUGGCUCCAAGACGAGGUGCGACGACGCAGCCUCUGGCGCGGCCCUCGCCGUGCAGCAAGGUAGCAAGCCUCGGCGGCGCGACCGACGCGUGCCCUGCGAGAGGUUGCGCUACUGUCACUGGCAGACACCGUUGUGCAGAAGCAGACCUCGUCGUCGUUCCAGACUUUUCGGUCCUCCACGACUUGGAUGCGAUAGCAGCCAGCGCGGACCUGACCGUCUCUUACUUUUACAUCGCGUCGCUGGGCCUCGACGUCGUAACGAAGACACACCUUGUCUCUGCCCAGUGCCACCCAGAUGGAAUUGCACUCGGCCAACGCAUGCGCCACGUUCCAGCAAACCAGCGCGGGGAGGUGAUCCAUCUCGCGCCAGGCCUCGUCGCGGGGCAUCCAGACGUGAGGGCGGCGGCGCGGCGCGUGGCCCGCAGGCCACUGGCCGUCACGGGGCUGCUGGAGAUGGAGUCGCUGAAGGCCCAGACGGACCAUCUUCGUAGUUGGGCCAAGGGGGCGAAGGAUUACGUCGACAAGGCUCUCCUGAAGUUCCUGACAGAUCGACGCACGCAAGUUUCCUUCAAAAUUCUGGGCUCCGUCAUGCUCAUCCCUCCCCUGCAAAUUUCUGCUGCAGCCUCUGGCGCGAACUUGUCGGCGUUCCGGGAGGUCAUGAACUACGACAACGUGCAGAUGAGUUUCUCUGAGACGGGGCAAUACGAGGCUGCGGGGACAGUCUGGAUGCUCGACCCGUUCGCCGGCGACGCGACCGACUCCGUCACCAUUGGCCAGCUCGAUGCCGCCAUGGGGAUGUGGUCUGAGGAGAAGCUCUUGCUGUCAUCCGACCACCCGCCGUCGCGGCGCUACUCGUUCGACGUGCCGCUCCCCGCGCGAGUGGUCAACGCCAAGGUGGCGCAGCGCAUGGACGCAGGCGAAUCUUCUGUACUCAUGGCAACGGGCGUGCCCAUGCUGGCGGGGCACGCGCUUGUGAUGGCUUGGCAUGGCGCCAUGGCAGAGGCGUUGUCCACCGACAACACUGAGCGUGCAUUCGAGUUGUUUGAGGCAGCUCUGAGUGUGCCAAUCAGGCUGCGUCUCAGCCCCGAUUCGGACGCUUGCCAGCUGGCCGCGCUGAUGUUCUCUGAGACCAUGUUCACCGCGUCCGCAGCCUCUGGCGCGGAUUCCUUUUGGAAGCUGGCGGAGAAAGUGGCUCGACUUACAAGGUACCAGAAGGCUAUGGCCGACAGCCUGUCCCUGCCGAAAUUGUUCGCGGCCCUCAAGAGCUACGGGCUCGCGUUCAAGGGCAAGCCGCUCGCCGAGUCACACGCGAAGUGCUUGAAAAACUUGACGCCUUUCGUCGGGGAUGAGGCGCGCGUCGUGGCAUACUCUUUGUCGGGGGCUUUCUGCCCUGAGCUCCGCGAACCCACGUUGUUGCUGCGGUUGGCUCAGUUAUGCAAUGGAAGGGCGGCGUCUUCCAAGGCAGACAAGGACGCGACCUCCCGCGAGUCGAUGGUGUUCAUCAUGGACUGCCUGCGCGUGGCCCGGCUGACCGGCGACGCCCCUAGGGGGGAGGGCCUGACCUUGAGCAAGGUCACGGAACAGGAGAAAAAGUCCCCAGCGAUGGCGCACGUGCUCUUCAAGAAACAAGAUCUCAUGGCGUACAUUCUUCACGAGGCGGCGAUGAUCGACAAGGCAAUUGCGGUUUCAGUCUCCAUGUUUCGCUCGCCGCUUGCCGUCUUGAAGCACUUCUCAGCCACUGGCGAGGAAGAUGGCUUAGCUGCUCAGUUUCGUCGAGACGAGACCCCGACGCGUGACUCCGGAGGGGGGUUCGAAAACACAUUCGCUGUCCCAGUGGCCAACUACCGCGACCAGCAGGGCCAGGACGGGAAGACGCAGGCGGUCAUCGACUUCGCGCGGGGCGUCUGGGCUGGCCAUGUCGACGCGGAGCUCGAGGAGCUUUGCGCCCAGGACCUGCAGGGAGGUGCGCCCGGAUUCUUGUGGCACCGGUACUUCAACGAGAGCACCAAGGAGAUGGGCGUCAAGUACCGUGCGCUCGUCGCAGCUUGCUCGGCAGGCCCCAUUCCGGCGGACCCUGCCGCGAAGUCGGCCUCCGGCGUGGUCUUGGGGGCGUCGGAGCUCGAGGAUGGUGACCAGGAGGAGCUCCGCAAAACCCAGGAGUUGCUGAUCUCUCUGCGCAGGAAGACCGUUUCGUUCGUUGCGCUGCCGUCGGUCGGCGGGGUGUCUGGUACGGCAGGAAAAAAAACUGACGUCCGAGCAUUCGUUCUGGCGGCCGACCUGUUCCCCCCAAACGUGAGCAAGAGCGGGGUGGCGGCGAACUUGGGCGAAUCCGUCGGUUGCGAUGCGGACCGCUUCGGGCGCGUGCUGGAUUUCGUCUGCCAGAAGCGCUCGGUUCACGAUAUCGUGAUCUUCCUCGAUGGGCGGAGCCGCUCGUGCCGCAAGCUGAUCGAGGAGAAAGAGGACAGUCUCGCAGCCUCUGGCGCGCACGCCCUGACGGAGUGCUGGUGCGUGUACGUGCAGCCGACCAAGCAAGAGGAUCCCAGAGUUCCGGGACGAGUGACUUCUUUCGCGUGCAACAACAAGGAAGUGGCCAUCUGCUCGAUCCCGAAGAGAGGCGCCAUGAAGGUAGUGGACCGCGCGGAGUUCAACUCGUGCGGCGAGUCUUCGAGUGCGGCAGCGACGUACACGGGCGUGCCUAUGCGGCAAUACUGCGAGCUUCCGCGCAUGACUUACGAGACGAAGGCUUCAAUCCUGGGAAACGCAGCCGCUGGCGCGGUCAAAGGGAAGCGCGCGCAGAAAGACAUCGAAUCGAAAGGGCACCCCUUCUCGCACCUCGAAGUGAAGCCAUUGCAUUUGUGGCAGCGUCUCUGCGAGCACCGCCACAUCACCCACAUCGUUGACUUCUCGGCGGGGUCUGCCGCGUUGGCAAUCGCAGCCGCUGGCGCGAUGGAGUACGAGGGCGUGGCGGCGAACGAGGUGCACCGGGAGUGGCUCGAUUCGACCAUGGACCGAUGCGCGAUGUACUUGGCGGGGCGUGACAAGAACUUCGCGAAGAUGCUCGGCGGCGACGAGGCCUUCGUCGAGAAAGUGGAGAAGUACUUUGCGGGGACGAUGAUGGAGGCGCGGCGCAUGCUCGAGCCAGUCCAGGACGCGGCGGAGGGCGAUGGGGGAAGCGAGGACUCGGCGGAGGCGGGCUUGGAGACCAGAGUCAAGGAUGGCGUUUUGAUGGAGCACUACACAAACAUCCAUCGGAUCGCGGCCCUCUUGGAGAGCCACCCGCUCGUAUCCACCGUCACGCAGCACAAGGUGGACAAGUCCCUGCACCCUCGGCGCUUAGACGAAGAUGGCCGGGCGUCCAAGUACCACCAGUCCCCCUGGGAUUUGGCAGUGACGCUCGCAGCCUCUGGCGCGAAGUUCACUUGUGGGUGGAGCACCAACACGAUCAAAGAUCCGGUCGCGGCGAUGUGGUGGCUACUUGCGGGGGGUUCCGCAACGGAGGAGAACCUCGUCCAGGCGGAGGCGAUAUUUUGGGAUGUCGCCGAAGCCGGCCGGAUCUGGCCGCCCGGCUUUUCCGCUCCCACGGAGCCCUGCCAUGUCGCCGCCCGCCCGGCCAUGUUGCCGCCGAGCGCUUCCGCGAGCGCCUCCGGAAGCGGCAGCGUGGCGCCCGUUGCUUCCCCGGCGGCCGCGUCGUUGUCCCAGCCUCCGGCGGGAGACGCAGCGCGCGCAUCCGCGCUGGCGCCGCAGGCAGCUUUGGCGAGCACGUCUGUUCCGCCGCCCCUGCCGUGCGCCACCGAGCCCGCGCCGGCGCGCACGUCAGCCUCUGCUCCACCGCCUCAGCCUCUGGCGGCGAGGCCCCUGCAGCUGCCUUUGGCGGAAGCGCCCGCGGCCGCGGUGGGGGCGCCCGCCGACGCGACCGGAGCGGCCUCCGCGUCGUUGCCCCAGCCUCUGGCGGGAGACGCAGCGCGCGCCUCCGCGUUGGCGCCGCAGGCAGCUCCGGCGAGCACGUCUGUUCCGCCGCCCCUGGCGUGCGCCACCGAGCCCGCGCCGGCGCGCACGUCAGCCUCUGCUCCACCGCCUCAGCCUCUGGCGGCGACGCCCCUGCAGGUGCCUUUGGCGGGGGCGCCCGCGGCAGCGCUCGGGGCGCCCGCCGACGCGACCGGAGUGGCCUCCGCGUUGCUGCCUGCGCCGAGCGGUGGCGCCGAGCGCCAGGACAACCUCGCGGACGACCAGGUGGGAGCGGAGGAAACGGCUGAAGUGCAGGGUAUCGAUUAUACCGAAGAUAAGGAUGACAGCUUGUCGUCUGGAGGGGAGGAGCAGGACGUCAACGCCGAGCCCGCGCCGGAGCAGGCCCCCCCGGCUGAACCGCAGCACAGGGCGCGUCGCCGCUCGAGGUCCCGACCGGGGCCUCAACGUACACGCGACCCAGCCUCUGGCGGGGCGGACGGCGAGGUCGACCUCACCGUGCACGUGUCCGCCAAGAAACUGGAGCGCCUGUCGGAGGACCAGAAGGAGCGGCUGCGCCAGAUCGUGCGCACCAGUGAGCGGCAGGUGCACUUCGGCGAGUACUGGCAGGGAAGGGUCAGCCUGCGUGAGCGCAUGCCUCGAGAGGCUCCGCAACUGGCGAGAGCUCGCGACGAGCGUCGGGCGCUUCUCCUCGGUGAGUUGCUGGAGUACGCGGACCCGAUCCCGGACGCUCCGGAGUUCAUCGCUGGAAUCCCUUCCAAGAACACCAUGCGCUUCGGCGCCAACGAGGAUGUCGUCAGGGCCAUCGCCAGCAGGAAGAUGCACUACAUGCGUUUGCUGACAAACAAGAUGGACGAGGAUGAAUGGCUCACCUUCGUCGAGGAGUGGCCGGACUUGUCCCCAGCCUCUGGCGGGUGGCGGGUGCUCCAGCGCGACGCCUGGGAGCAGCUCAAGCAGGACUUUCGCCUGCGCGAUACGCGCGACUACGUGAAGCACAUUCUGGCACUGCACGAUGGCGAGGCCAGGCUUGUGCGGGCGGGGUGGGAGCCAUUCCCAGCCUCUGGCGGGAGCAUCCUUCAACCUUGCUACUGGCACUACCAAUUUUCGCGCGGCUGGGACACGUACUCGUGGCUAUCCACCCACAAAGGAAACUUGACCAUCCAAGACCUGGACUGGAUCAUGAUGAAGGACGGCGGCGAGACUGGCUUGAUGAGGAGCGACCCAGCCUUCGGGAACUGGCAGAUCCGCAGUGGCCAAUUCAUCACGCUGGCCGAACUCUUCUGGUUCGGGAAACACUUGUGCUCAUGCUACGACAUCUACCGCGCUUACCUGAGCCUGCCUGUGUGGAUCCAGAAGCGCAAGCAUUCGACCUCGCAGUCCGCGGCGGGAGUCCUCAGGCGCAACGCGAAGGCGUUGCGCCGCCAGGAGGAGGGCAAGCACGGCUUGCCCUCGAACCCGGGGAAACGCGGGGCGCGCGUUGUGGGGCUGCGCCUCGCAGCCUCUGGCGCGAUGGUGUUGAGAUGCAAGACGUGCCACCAGCGCGCCAGAGACCAUGAUGGAAGCUGCAAGAACUCGAAGUGCGCGCAGUACCGCGCGCCUCUGAAAGGGCAGCAUUGGAAAGUUGCCAGGGUGAGCGAUAUCUUGGGCAAGCCGACAGAGAAAAUCGGCGCGUACGUCGCCGGCGGUUUCAUUCUCACUUUGCUUCGCAGACAUGACAUUCGCGUCGGCGUAGCGAGCGGCGAGUAUCUUCGGGCCGCAGCCUCUGGCGCGACUGCAGUGCGCUUGGAGCUUUUAGCGGUGGUCUAUCUGUGCUACUGGCGGUGGUCGGCGAGCUCACUUCUUGGAUACUUGUCGAAAGCAUUAUCCCGUUUUGAGCGCGCGGACUCCGCAGACAGAGCUGAGAUCUUAAAGGGCGCGUGGUCUUCGAUGGAGGCGGACGUGGACGGUUGCCAGGUCGUCGGAAAUCGCCGGGAGCACGAUGUUCAGUUAGUACCCCGCCAAGACCGGAAAUGUAUCGCAAUCUCAGCCCCUGGCGAGACUUUUGCGUAUCAUCCUUACAAGAACCCGGCUAGUCGCCGCACUGGUGCGCACGAAUUUGAGAAAUUGGUGCCUGACGUGCAGAAUGGUAAGCUCCGGGACGCUUGCGUAGAUCUCGCCGAGUUGUUCGCCGCGAAGCCCACGUUCAGGGACGCCGAGAGCAUCCUGCGAAAGCACGAGAUACAGCUAUGGGCCGGCGCCACGUACAAUCGAGUCAGGUUUGCGCGGUGGCUGUUCAAAGCGGAGGGCCUGCGCGUGCCCGUCGAGGACAAAGAUUGGCCCCUGAUCGCUGGCAUGGGGUCUGGGGCUGAAGAGGGCCUGGCCGACGCAGGUAUAGAUUCGCACGAACAGGCGGAGGCGGCCUGCGCUAUUUUGGCUGUCGAAAUCGCAGCCUCUGGCGCGACGCCCCCGGGGGACGGGGCCGGUGCAUCCUCCAGCGCGACAUGCGGGGUCGACGAUCUCGUCUGUUUCCUGUGCUUGAGCAAGAACAGAGAAGCUGUUCCUCGCAGGGUGUUCCCGCCGCCUGCGCCCCAGGUGUCCAUCGCGCAAGAUUUGGGGUUGGUUGCCCCGGUCGCAGCCGCUGGCGCGAGUGCGCCCUCAGGCGAGACUCUUUGUCAUGCGCGAGUCAGGGGCAAAACCGCAGCGACGCCAGCCAUCGUCUCCAUCGCGGCGUGGGCGAUCCAGGAAAUCAUGCGCUGGGUGCGCGCUCCCGCCGCGGGCGCAAUAUGUAAUUGUUGCCGCGCGUGGCACGCAGGAGGUCUAUUUCUGGCCUGCGCGGUCUCUGAGAGGAGGCGGGGCGUCGCAGACUCUGUCGCGAGCACCCUGUCCUUCGAUGCUAAGCCCGUCCAUGCGCUGCGCGAUGCAGGAGUCUCCAAAAGUGAUGUUCUCCGCGCUUGGGCCUGCGCGUGGGACUUGCUCGAUGGGCUCCCCCCGCGUGCUAGUUUGGACUUCGACGAGCGAUUGUUGUCAAUGGCUCUAGUUCGCAUGGGCGUCAAGGAACACCUUCGGGGCGACGCGAAGAAGGACGCGGCUGCCCUGAUGUUCCCCGAUGCAGGCGGGGAAUAUUCGCUUGCGGCUGUGGAAAAAGAAACACUGGCAGCGAUAGAAUGCCAUGUGGUGAUGAUGAUGGCGCACAACGAUUCUGGCCUCUGGCGGUGA